AUGUGCCUUUACAUAUCAGCUAAAUUGCUGGAGAAGCAUUGGACCGCUACGAUUCACCUUGAUGAGCUUAAAAGCCUAGGAUGCACAUUAUUACAUGGAAUUAAUGUGGAAAACAUGCAUGAAGAUCGCUUCUUGAAAGCCCAGCGGUUCGACCGAAUCAUCUUUAAUUUUCCUCAUGCAGGACAUUAUUUAGGGCUCAGAGAUACACAUGAAGAGGCCAUUUUGAGGAACAAGAAGUUACUUUGUGAUUUUUUUAACAGUGCAAGAUGCUUGCUAAGUGAAAAUGGUGAGAUACAUGUUAGUCAUAGAGAUGAUUAUCCUUUUAAUAAUUGGAACAUUAGAGGUUCAGCAAAGGAGAGAGGUCUGACCUUGAAGGAAAAGGUGGAGUUUCACAAGAAAGAUUAUCCUGGUUAUCAGAACAAGAGAGGAAGUGGUACGAGGAGCAACAGGGCCUUUCCUCUUGGUAAUAAGAGUUUCACUUUCAAGUUUUCCAUGAACAAGUACAAGGAUUUAGAUGACGACGAUGAAAUUAUCAGAUUAAUAUGA